UACAUACGGUCCCUACGCAGCGAAGCAACAGGGAACGUUUAUUAUUGUUUUUCUACCAGAGGUGUAUAUUUACUAACGGAGACGAAGAAGCGGUUCAAGAAGAAGAAAUCUCAGGGAAUUGAGGCUUUCUGAAUUGUGAAAGCCUCAAAUUAAAUCCAAAAGAAGAAAAAGUACCCCGGAAUGAGUGCCCCCAAGUUCAGCUUAUCUUUCUCAAAGAGGAUUGAGAAGAAGACCCUCCAGCCUUCUGCAAUACGCAACGAUGCUCCGGCAGAAAUCAAGGAUAAGACGGAGAACCUGGAAUCCAUUGAAGAGAAUGUCUUGAAGACAGACGGCAAAACAGAGGAAGAGGAGUUGGUCAUACCGAUGGUUCAGGUAGACAGAGCAGAAAUUUUUCGUAAGUUAACGGAAAAGAAGUUAGAGGAGGAUGGUGAUAAUGCUGAAAACAAAGAGAAAGGCAAGGAGGAAGCGCAAGCUGAGGAAAAAGUUGAGACCAAAAUUCUUACCUUGGAUGAGCAAGCAGAAGCUGCACUUUUAGAAGAGAGUAAGCGGAGGCUCGAGGGCUGGACAGAGCGAGGUGCGCCGAGUAACCUCACCAUCCCAGUCGCAGAAAAGGAGGCUGAAAAUGGUGCUGAAUUAUACCCUGUUGGCAAAGAGUCUUCCCUUGACAAUUAUGAAGAAGUUCAGGUUGAUAACUUUGGAGCAGCUCUCCUUCGUGGAAUGGGGUGGAAGAAGACUCAGGGCAUUGGCAAAAGAAACAAGAAAGUUGUUGAUAUCAUAGACCCAUCAGCCAAAACCUUUGGUCUGAUGGGGAGCAACUUGGCAGGGGCAAAAGACAGAGAGGGCAAAGCAGCUGCAGAGGAGGAAGAACUGAGUUUGCAAAAGGGUUCUUACGUUUUCAUCCACAGUGGCCGUCAGAGAGGAACUUACGGCAUUGUUGAAUCAUUAGAUGAGGAUCACAUGUUAGUGAAGGCUGCUGUUAGUCAAGCUAUUUUACGAGAAGUAGAAUUAAAUGUCCGUGUGGUCUCGCAGAAAGAAUUCAAAGACUCUUCUCGUGUCAUCAACAAAGAAAUGUAUGACAAGUACAAGGAGGAAGAAGAAAGGAAGAAGGGACUAAAGAAAAACAAGCACUCUGAUGACAGUGAGAGUAAUGAUAGUAAAGAUACAAGGAGGUCAAAGCAUCCAGAGUCCAGAAAAACAGCAAAAGAGGAGAGCAUUAAAAGAGAAGACACCUUGGAUGUGAAGAGAGAAGGUGAGAGCAUGGAAAAAGAAAAAGUUUCUGACAAGGAGAGAGAUUAUGCAGCAAAAGAAAAGGAGAAGCCAGACAAGAGGAGAGAAGGAGAUAAAUCCACAGGAAAUUAUAGUAAAGGGAGCAUAUAUAGGGAGGAUGAGGAGAAAGAAAGCAAAUAUCGAGGGAAAGAUUUUAAGGAAAGUAAGUACAAAGAUGAAAAGGAAAGUAAGUACAAAGAUGAAAAGGAAAGAAAGUACAAAGAUGAAAAGGAAACAAAAUACAGAGAAAAAUAUGAAAAGGAGCAAUACCGACAAGAAGAUAAUAGGAAAUAUAGAGAAAGAGAUGAAAGACCUGAACGAAGCAGAGAUGAUGAGCAGGUAAAGAAACAUAGAGAAAACAAGGAACGCAGGGAUAAAGACAGUGGAUAUGAUAGUAAGUACAAAUCAAAAUAUGAGGAUAGCAAGACAAGAUAUAAGGAUGAAUAUAUUAAGAACAAAUAUAUGAGUGCUGACCUUGGCCCCAGCCAGAAAAAAAGAUCAAAAGAUGAUGAUUAUAAGUAUGAAGUAAAGAAAGCCAAGAGAUCGCCAGAGAGGAUGCCAGUUGUCCCAUGGGUGCGAGAAAACCUUCGAGUUCGUCUUAUUAGCAAGGACUACAAGGGAGGAAAAUACCAUAAAGAAAAGGUCAUUGUGAAAACUGUUAUAACAGCAGAGAGCUGCGAAUGUAUCACACCAAAUGGAGAUAUCCUUAAGAAGGUCCAUCCUGAGUGGCUUGAGACAGUCAUACCCAAGAUUCCUCCACAGAUAAUCAUGGUUGUAAAGGGUCAACAGAAGGGGCAGAGAGGGCGAAUCUUGCAACUCCACAAAGACCAAGAAAAAGCAUCUGUACAAUUUUUAGAAGAUGAAACUGUCAUCAUGAAGUUUCAUUAUGAUGACAUCUGUGAAUAUGUGUCAUGAGACAGGUGUAACUAGUGUUUCUAUUAAGCUAUUUUUAAUACAAAUAAUUUCUUAUAUUUUAUAUAUUUAAAAAAGGAUGACAAUAAAAAUUAACAAGUAAAAUCUCUUUUACUUAUAAAUUAUUUGCCUGUACAUUUAAUAUAUACUGCUAGUUGUCACAAAUUAUUUACACAUGUUCUGACAUACAGCUUCUUAGGGGUGUUACAUA